AAACACAAUAAUUUAUAUUCAACAUCAAAGAACUGUCUCUCAAAAAAAUAUCAAACAAAUCAUCAAGUGUUCAUACACAAUGGUAGGAAAUAUGAUCAAUGUAAUGUGUGUGAUAAACGUUUUAGUUGCUCAUCUCAUCUCACUAGACACCUAACAGUACAUAGCGGAGAAAAGCCGUAUAGAUGUGCUGUAUGCCAAAAAACGUUCACUCAGAAGAUAUCCCUUAAAAUACAUCAGCGUAUUCACACUGGGGAGAAGCCAUUUGAAUGCCAAGAUUGUUCUAAAAGCUUCACUUGUUCUUCAAAUUUAAAAAAACACCGGAGAGUGCAUAGUGGAGAAAAACCAUAUAAGUGUAGCGUUUGUCAGAAAUGUUUUGCUCAAAAGAUUUCGCUCAAAAUACACGAGCGAACUCAUACUAAGGAAAAACCAUUCAAAUGUCUAAUUUGUUUAAAAUGUUUUACAUCAUCAUCCAAUCUUAUUAAUCAUCAGAAAGUACACAGCGGAGAAAAACCGCAUAAGUGCAAUAUGUGUGGCAAAGGUUUUGCCCAAAAAAUGCAUCUCAAGGUUCACCUUCGCACGCAUACUGGUGAAAAACCUUAUAAGUGCAGCAUAUGCGGAAAACUGUUUGCGUCAAAUUCAAAUUUAAAGGUUCAUGAACGAAUGCACACUGGUGUAAAACCGUACAAAUGCAAUGUCUGUAGCAAAGGUUUUACAUGCUUGACUAAUCUUAAUAGGCACCGAGCAGUACAUAGCGGAGAAAAACCAUAUGAAUGUUCUGUAUGCAAAAAAACGUUCACUCAGAAGAUAUCCCUCAAAAUACAUCAGCGUAUUCACACUGGGGAGAAGCCCUUUCAAUGCCAAGAAUGCCCUAAAAGCUUCGCUUCUUCUUCAAAUUUCAGUAAACACCGGAGAUUGCAUAGUAGAGAAAAACCAUUUAAGUGUAGCGUUUGUCAGAAAUGUUUUGCUCAAAAGAUUUCGCUCAAAAUACACGAGCGCACUCAUACUAAAGAGAAACCAUUCAAAUGUCUAAUUUGUUUAAAGUGUUUUACAUCAUCGUCCAAUCUUAUUAAUCAUAAGAAAGUUCACAGCGGACAAAAGCCAUAUCAAUGCAGUAUAUGCUUGAAAUCAUUUGCCCAAAACAUGCAUCUCAAAGUGCAUAAACGCGUGCAUACUAAAGAAAAGCCGUAUAAAUGCAAUAUUUGUGAGAAGUCUUUUGCCCAUAUCUCAAAUUUAAAAGUACACGAGCAUGGGGUCGAAUCAGAAGUCGAUGAUUUUGCCAGCAUGUGUCGUUUAAUUGAAUUGUUAAGAAAUGCGAUAUUCUCGAAAUCAUUUACAAUGACUGCCGAGGUUGACGAUUUUUAA